AUGCAGACAUUUGUGUUGCUGCUUUCCAUACUACCAAUAAGCCGUUCCUACGAUGGUGAGACAGUUUCUGUGGUAGCAAACGAUGUAAGUAGAAAUGAAAGAAAGUUCAUAAUUUAUGAUAUUAAUUAUGGCGAAGGAUUCAAUUUACGUCGAGAUGUUUUUAUGAGAAUUGCUAGUACAGUAAGAAUUUUACGAGAGAAUGGUCAUAAUUACGCACUAGUAUUGCCUCCAUGGGGUGGUCUUUAUCACUGGCGCAGAAGUCAUUUCAAAGUCCCGUGGUCGAAGUUUUUCCACAUCAGAAGUAUCAAUGAACUCGUUCCUUUGAAAUAUGAAAGAUCUUUUUUCGGCUUUAUUCCAGAAACGAACUACGAUGCAAUUGACCAAGUACUUUAUCUUCAAAAUUAUGCAGAAGGUUGGGAAAGCGGAAAAUAUGAAAUUAAAUAUGAUCAGCGAGAUUGUAUCAAUGGCGAUCGCCAUUAUAAAUUUAUUGGUGGAGUAUGGAAAGGGUGGUUUUUUGCAUAUGAUAAUGUUCAUGCUCGCAAUUUUACAUGCAUUUCAAUACAAGGUGAUUCGGAAACACUAGCUGCUAUGAUUCAAAAGAAUUAUUCUCAUGCUAAUUCAUUGAUGAUUGAUCGUGCAGAAACCGUGCUUCAUGCACAUUUUGGUGAUUUUCACUACUGGGAAGCGAGACGUUCUAUGCGUUACGCAAAACAUCUUCGGCUUAUCGCUGAUAAAUUUAGGCAAGAACGGCUGAAUUCAAACGAUGCAAAAGAUAGGACUGUACUUCCCGAUUCGUGGAAAACAACCAGAAAGAAGCAUGGUGAAGCUCAAGGAGGAGAUUACAUUUGUGUUCACUGGAGACGUCGCGAUUUUGUUUCAUCUCAUGGUGCUGAAAUACCUUCUAUUAACGGCACUGCUAAGCAGAUUCUUGCCAUUUUGCGAGCACAAAAACUUAUGACUGUAUAUUUGUCUACUGAUGCUCCUCCCAAUGAAGUUGAUGCCCUCAUCGACCUACUGCCAUCUACUGUACGAGUGGAGCGAUUCUCAGAUGAGUCAUCUCUAAAUGACGGAGAAGUCGCUAUUGUUGAUCAGUGGAUAUGCGCACAUGCCCGGCACUUUACUGGGACACAUAUGUCCACUUUUUCAUAUCGAAUACAUGAAGAUAGAGAAAUUAUUGGGUUCGAACCUGAGCAAACUUUCAAUAGAUUAUGUCCCGAUGAUAAUGACCAUUGUAAACAACCCUCUGAGUGGACUAUUGUUUACGAAUGA